GUUUUAGAUUUUGAUAGGUAAUUGAGUUGAGUUAGCUGCUUCGUCCUCAAGUCUCUAACUUGGGUCUCUCUGUCACCCAUGGCGAAGGAAGAAACGGAGGUUCCUCUGCUCAAAUCUUCAACUACAGGGACCGCUUCAUGGGCUCAAACCCUUGGAAACAUAAUCGUUGUCAUCAUCGGCACCGGCGUCUUAGGCCUCCCUUACGCUUUCAGGGUCGCAGGUUGGCUUGCCGGAGCUCUCGGAGUAACCAUCGCCAGUAUCCCCGUUUACUACUGUAUGCUUCUCCUCGUUCAGUGCAGGGACAAAUUAGCUUCUUCUUCAUCAUCUGAUGAUGAAUCCGAUGUAGUACACACAUAUGGCGAUCUGGGUUUUAGAGCCUUCGGAAAAAAAGGUCGGUAUCUCACUGAGUCCCUUGUAGUUCUCUCGCAAUUCGGAGGUUCUGUAGCUUAUCUGAUCUUUGUCGGCCAUAACUUGUCGUCUAUAUUCAAAACCCACCAACUCAGCUUCACUUCCUUCAUAUUCCUUCUUGUCCCAAUCGAAAUCGCUCUUUCUUGGAUUCGUUCCCUAUCUGCUCUUGCCCCGUUUAGUAUCUUUGCCGAUAUCUGUAACAUUCUGGCCAUGGUGAUUGUGAUCAAGCAAGACCUCCAAUUGUUCGAAGGUUUUUCUGAGAGAAAAAUGAUAACGAGUCUAUCUGCGCUGCCAUUCGCCGGAGGCGUUGCGGUGUUCUGUUAUGAAGGUUUUGGUAUGACCUUGGCAUUAGAGUCGUCGAUGAGUGAGCGGAGGAAAUUUCCAUGGGUUCUCGCAAUGGCUUUCUCAGGGAUAACGGUUGUGUAUGUAUUGUUUGGGUUCUUCGGAUACUUGGCUUACGGUGACCAGACAAGAGACAUUAUAACACUCAAUCUACCAAAUGAUUGGUCUGCUACGGCUGUUAAGAUUGGGCUCUGUGUGGGGCUGGCGCUUACUUUUCCAAUAAUGAUGCACCCCAUUAAUGAGAUCAUAGAAGGAAAGCUGAAACAAAGGGAAUGGUUUCAGAAACUCUGCCAUUACCAUUCAAGUAGAGGAGCAGGGGCAAGAGAGAGGGUUGUGGUGUAUAUGAGCAGAGCGCUUGUGGUGUUGGUUGCAGCGGUGGUGGCCGUGGCGGUUCCAGGUUUUGGUGUGUUUAUAUCGAUGGUGGGAAGCACCGUGUCGGCGAUGCUAUCCUUUGUCUUGCCGACCACGUUUCAUCUUAUGUUCUGUGGCAGUUCUAUGCGUUUGUGGCAGAAGGCAUUGGAUUUCUGCAUCUUGAGUUGUGGGUUGGCUUUUGCUGUUUAUGGCACUUACAAUGUUGUAUCCAAAGGGGACUCCAAAGGUGCAUUUUGAGACAUCACUUUGAAGCAUCAUGUAUCUCUUCAGGGGUGUAGUUGUUGUUG